CCACAAGGCUAGCAGUCUUUGUAUAUCUUCAAUCAACGCUGAGCAUAAGCAUUGCUGAAAAUUUGCGAGCGCCACUCGGCCGUUUUUCCUGGUUUUCCCGUUUUCAAAGCUGAUGUGUGUCAGAAUACAUAUACCCGCAUCACUGUUCCAGCAUAGGCUUAUAAAGAUAAGAAGAAAAGUCUUAUGCUCCACCACUGUAUACAAUAUCGUGUCAAAAAAUAUGUUACGCCCAAAGCGAUUAGUUUAAUCUCAAGAUAAGAGAAAUUCGCUGCGACGCGAUACGACCAGCUUUUUUCCGUCUUGCAACCGCUCUAACAAGCCCCCACGGAAACGUCAUUGCAGUUAUUGGUAGUUGUGUGGAUAGUUUUUCUAUUGUUGUAGGUACACGUUGUAUGGAUGAAUCCGAGUUGUGUCAAGCUUAUUGUCGCAGCUAGUAUCGUUGAAAAUGCGUGAAAGAGUUCUUUUUUUGUUGCUCCUCUUCUUUGCGUCUCCAAUUUCGAAUAGUUCAAUCUGCGAGCCAAAGUCUGAGUACUACAUAAGUCGUUGCGAUGAAGGCAGGGAUACGGCUAAGGACACUUUUUACCGAUUAGCACGAAGGAACGAGACAAAGUAUAAAAAUGUGGACCAAUGCCUUCUCAAUGACGAAUGUCCAGAUCUUUCUGCGAUGCAGUUAAAUAAUUUGCAUCGCUCUGAGAACGACGCUGAACAGUUUGAAUUGAGAGUUUUUGAGUGUUAUGAUUAUGAUUUGAUGAUACUCAAUUUGACUGUGACCAACAUUCACUUCAACAAAGUGAAAAUACUAUUUCAGUAUAUCAAGGACCAAAAGAUUUACCAGGCCAUCGACUUAAGUCAUGUAGCUCCUGAGAACUCCCCGAAACAAUUAUCUUGGUUAUACCCAGUAAAUGGCAACAAUUGCUUGUAUGACGCGACCUUACAAAUCUUGGUGGAAGUAGACAGUACUAAUUACCUCAAACAGUAUAAAGUGAAAGUGCCUAAUUCACAGCCCAAUGAACACUGUCACGCGAUAAAAGAACGACAAUUAUUGACAUAUGUCGAUACAAGUGAAUUGGACGAAGUCCGUUUACAUAUACAACCUUUUCCUGCAGAAUGCAAUGUAUCCCAGUACGAAGUAAAAUUUUGCAAAUACAUAGACGAUAGUUGUUCUGAACCUGUUGCGCCUGAUAGUUCAAAUAAAACGGGGAUCUGGGAAUGGUAUCGAAUUCCUCAGGAGAAUACACAGUACUACUUUACAGUGGUACCAUUGUCCUCAAAGUGUGAACAGGAAUGUAAGGCUGUAGCCAGCGCAGUAUUCAUGAGGAGACGUUCUCCUGCAAAGGUAAUUGUCAUGAUAGUUGGUGCUGGCUGCAUACCAAUUGUGAUGUUCUUUGCUCUGCGCCAGAUUUACGUCUACUGGACAAAACACCAUCAAUUGCCCGUCUUACGUGCAAGAAAACCGUAUUGCCUGCUGACAUAUGAUGCAGUACAUGAUACCCACAUUGGUGUUAUGACCAAGUUGGCUGAGUACCUACGAUCUUGUGAUAUCAAUGCUAUGAUUGAUGUACUGGAUGCUCCAAAGGAUCCUCUCAAGAAUCCUAGUAUCUGGUGUACUAGUGCGUUUAAAAUGGCAAGUACUGUUAUUGUAGCUGAAUCUCCGCCACGUGAUAUUUCUGUCACAGUGACUCGAUCAAUAUAUAGAUACCUACAUGCGCAUGUAUGGAGAUUAAUAGAGGAGGACUACCAUCGGAAGAAAAAAAGAUACUUUGUUAUUGAGUUUCCCUAUUCUAAACCCGACAGCGUACAUCUUGACGCAUAUUCCUUUAAACGAUUCAAGAUGCCCAAAGAUUUGGAUAAUCUGGUUGAUGAAAUUCAUAAUGCAACUUAUUCUAAACUAUGUCCCAGAGACAAAGGAGAUUUUUUGAAGAGCUUAAAAUUGGCGAAAGAUAGUAUGCCCGACCCAACACUUGACAAGAAACCAAUAUCCUCCGAAAAUAUUUCUAGAUGUUCGUUGAAAAAUAAUGAUCAGAACGAUACAUAUUCAAAGACACACAAUAUCAGCGAGUGUACUGUUUUUAUAGGAUGUAAAAACGAUGAUAAGAAACGGUUUUAUGCAACUGAUAUUGGUGAGUUAGAGUUGCUCGGAGUCAAUGACGAGUCUGAAUAAGAAUCUGAAGUCCACAAAAAAACCACGAACGUUGUAUAAAUAUUGUAAUAAUCAUUUUGUACUGAAUCAAUAUUUUUUACUUGUGUUUUACCAAGUUCGACACAUGAGUAAUUUAAUUACUAAUAUUAAUGAUUUAUACGUGUAUUAUUUUUAAUGAAAAUUCUAAAACACAA